AGUAGUGUCGUAUCUCUUCUCAAAAUCGUAGUAGUGUCCGAAACGAAGUCGCGAUUAGAACGUUCUAAAUAGUAUUUCGCAAAAUCGGUGCUUGAUUCAUGUUAAGGUGCUCAAGGACCUUUAAUUGUACACAACAUAAUCCACUUAAAUAUCUAAAUUUUGUUUUGUUUCGAAACUACUCAAGGAUUAUACAUUAUAUGAAAGAGAUAUCAAUUCACUCCAACUGAAAAAUACAAAAUAAAAUAAAAUAAAAUAAUCUUGCACUAAGGCAUUGAAUAUUGCUUGUUACUUAAAAUGUUGUCGAAAGUUUAUUUAUUACUACUUCUGUUGUCUCUUGGUAUGAAAUACAGUGCUGCAGGUCUCUUCGACCUCAGAGCUGGAGAGGAUAACUUUGCACCAAGCAAUUCAUUUAGUUUGCGUCGCGUCAUAUCUGAUGUGAGUGAUGCCUUCAGCGGAAAACGUCUAGUUACAGAAUUGGAUGGUUUGCGCGGGCUUUUCGUGAUGUUGCGCCAUAUGACAAUGAACCAAGCCUUCAAUAAUAUGGACAAUCUGUACGAUAUUAAUGAUAAACAAGGUAAGUUGCAGCGCCGUAUGUCACGUGCAGAGAAAUUUCCUUGCGACUUGUCAAGUAAUGCCCGUUCGUUCACAACUCCAACUUCCAUUAAUCGCCUGCGACCUGGUGAUAUUGACAUCGUUGCUUCACUGGGUGAUUCGUUGUCUGCAGGUAACGGUGAAAUAUCAGAUAACAUAGUACACAUAUUAAAUGAAUUUCGUGGUAUUUCGUUUACGGGCGGCGGUCAUGGAGAUUGGCGCUCCUUCCUUACACUGCCCAAUAUAUUGAAAGUGUUUAAUCCAAAUCUGUAUGGUUAUUCAACAGAAAAUGGCUUAACUGUAGAUAGCGUUUCACGUCUCAAUAUUGCCGAACCUAUGGUAAUGUCACGAGACUUGCCUUUUCAGGCACGCGUACUAAUCGAUCGUAUGCGACAUGAUCCGCACGUAGACAUGGUGAACCAUUGGAAAUUACUUACAAUAUUUGUUGGAAAUAAUGAUAUAUGCUCUGAUAUGUGUCAUUACGAACAUAUAUCAACCUUUCUAAAGCAUCACGAAAUGGAUCUAAGAAGCUGUUUGACUAUUUUACGUGACAAUGUGCCACGCCUUCUAGUAAAUUUAGUGCCGGCGCCAAAUAUGGCAACAUCGUUGCAUAAAAUGAGUAAUGUUCCAUUGGUUUGUAGUGCUAUGCAUACCAUCGGCUGUCACUGUAUAUUUAGUGAUCUUAUCACUGCAGUCGAACUGGAAGUGGCUGCGCAUAAUGUCAACAGUUGGCAUGCAGUGGAAGAAUACGUGGCCUCCUUGCCUGAAUUUAAUACAGAAAACUUUGCUGUUGUCUUUCAACCAUUCACUGCAAAUAUAACAAUGCCCACUAUGAGAACUGGCGACGUGGACUUACGCUUCUUCGCAAGUGAUUGUUUCCAUUUCAGUCAAAAAGGUCAUGCGGCUGCUGCAAAUUCUUUGUGGAACAAUAUGUUGGAGCCUGUAGGUCAAAAAAAAGCUGGAAGCUUUUCAAUAUUCGAACGCUUCGAAUGUCCAACUGCAGAACGUCCUUACAUUGCAACAUUGCAGAAUAGUUAGAAAUGUUACCGGUUCCUAUGGGAUAUGCUUGGAACUAAAAUUUAAGUUGAAUUUAACAUUUGUUAAAUUUUUUAUUGUGAUAAUUAUAAUUUUGUUAUAUGAAUUAUUUAUUU